AUGGUUUCAGCACCGACCUUCCACCAUCGUGUACGGCGAACCUUCAACUCGGAUCGUCUAUACUCAAUAUCUGAUGACUACCUUCGCAAUGGGGAGCAUGAAGCAACAGCACUGCUUGGCACAACUCCUGUCCCCAGCAGUGGAAUCCAAUUGUUCCUGCUCAGUGUCAGCUAUACCCCAGGAAUGGACAGUCCGUGGCUGGCGGUCAGAUGGCCGGCAGCUCUAUGGCAUCUCAUAAAACUGUCCUUGCUUAUGAGCAAUGGUUAUAUCAACGUGCUGCUCGUUCCCAUGGUCUUUGGCAUCAUAUCCAAGGUUCUCGCGUGGCCACCAGUCGCAGUGCUGGUGCUGAAUGCUCUUGGGAUUAUCCCCCUUCUUGGUCUCCUGACAUUCUUUGCCGAGCAGGUGGGUGACCACUCCG